AUGGCGGCGGACGCGAACAGCACAGCGACUGUAGUGGUAGCCGGCGUGGGCGGCGCGGCGCCGGCUCGCUUCAGCGUGGCCACGCCCCCCGCCACGCCGCCGCCCACGCCCACCGCGCCCGCGCCCGCGCCGCUGCACUACGCCGCGCUCGACCUCCAACCGCGACGUGCGCCGCAGCCGCGACCGCCGCGCACAUACACGCAGAUCGACUUCGUGCGCAGCGAGAAGCUAAACGAUAGUACGUCACAUUCGCGCGAACGCCUGGUGGUUAAUGUGAACACGAGCUCGCAACGUUUCCCGCCCACGCCCACCGCGCCCGCGCCCGCGCCGCUGCACUACGCCGCGCUCGACCUGCAGCCGCGCCGCGCGCCGCAGCCGCGGCCGCCGCGCACCUACACACAGAUCGACUUCGUGCGCAGCGAGAAGCUGCACGCCGCCGACGCCACAUAG